AUGGCAUCAUCAAGGGCUCUCACCUCAACCUUAUCUCUCGUUAGGAUGAUCUCUCCACUGAAUGCCUCUCCAGUUUUGGUUCGUUCCUUUGGCUCGUCCGCUCGUGACCACGAUUCCGAGCCAGAACAUUCCGACUCCGACCACAAUUCUGAUUCAGAUUCAGAAAACUGUUCUGGCUCGGACUCCGACUGCAAUUCCGAGUCCGAUGAAGAAAACAAUUCCGAUUCCAACUCUGAUUCCGAGUCAGACGGUUCAGAUUAUUCGCACACCGAAGUGGCUCCUCCACCCGAAGUUUGUGGUCUGGUGAAUCCAUUUCUGAAAGACGGGCCGGCGAUUCCCUUCAAUGUGAUGAAAACUGAUGAAGCUAUGUAUGCGAGGUUGAACGUGCCGGGAAUCGGAAAGGAAGGGCUGAAGAUGUGGGUUGAAGACGACGCUCUCCACGUCAAGGGAGCGGAAGUGGUGGAUGAUCCUCGAUCUCCAUUGGCCAAGGACGGCCCGAGGAACUACUCCGGCGACAUUGAUCUCCCGGAACGCUACAAGGCGGCGGAGAUCGAUGCUGAACUCAAAAACGGUGUGCUGAAGAUCACGGUCCCACUCGAGGAGAAGAAAGAUGUCAUCAAUGUCAAAGUUAAAUAA